AUGGAAACCGAAGAGUCAAUUUUGCUCAGUUACUUUUUCAAUAGCGAACUUCAAGACAGUAUAACCCUUCAACAAUUUACCAAAAAGUUUCCUCUUGCUUACAGAUCCAAUCCACAGAUCAAAACACUGUACAAAGAAUAUCAUGAACAAAGAAUAGAGAAUCGAAAGUUGGUUAGGAAGAAUACCAUCGAGGAAUGCCAGAAACCGGAUCAAUGGAACGAUAUGAAGAUUUCACGUAAGAGAGAACGUGAGGAUGAUACAGAGGCUGAAGAUGAAGAUGAUCGCCUGAGCCUAGGGCAAGUAAUCGGUCUACUCUCCAUCGAAGAAAAAAGUAUAUUGAAAGAAAUUGAUUUCAUGAAAAAAGAAUGUAAAAGGCUGCUUCAGGAUAUUCGAAGGACAAAUGGAAACAUGAGUGACUUACGGUAUGGCAAGGUUCCCGCAGAAAGUCUCGGCGAAGAUGAAGUGGUCAACGGCUUAAAGGGAUUGGUGUUUACAUGUGAUUCGUCAUCUUCAUCCGAUUAA